AUGAAGAUCCUCAUCCUCGGCGGGACCAAGUUUGCCGGCCUUCACGCGGCUCGGGAAGCCGUCUCCAAGGGCCACCACGUCACUCUCUUCAAUCGUGGAACGCGCCCGGCCCCAGAUGGAGUUGCCAGCAGGGUCGGCGACCGUCUCCUCCCCAACGGGUACGAUUCCCUGCAAGGCCUGACAUUCGACGUUGUCAUUGAUACGUGGUCCUCAAGUCCGGCCGGUAUCAAGAGCGCCGUGGAAGCACUCCGCGACCGCGUCCGUCACUAUGUGUACAUUUCGACUAUAAGCGUGUACGACUUUGAAAGGGGCAACGCUCCGUACAGCGAGUCCACGCCGUUGUUUGACCCCGGCGAGACCGACAACCAGUACAUCAGGGACAAGGUACAAGGGGAGUCCAUCGUCUCCGGCUCGGGGCUGCCUCACACCAUCAUCAGGCCUGGCGUCAUUCUCGGGCCGGCAGAAUGGCUAUGGCGCCUGCCAUGGUGGCUGCUGCGAAUGAAGCGCGGCGGCGUGACCCUGGCACCAGGUCCCAGGGACUUGGGGCUGCAGUUCAUCGACGUUCGGGACUUGGCCAAGUUUGCCAUCUUGGCCGCCGAGGAGCAGCUCGACGGACCGUACAAUCUCGUCUCGGAAAUGGGGCACGUGUCUUUCGGCGAUUUUCUCGACGCCGCCAACACCGUCGCCGGGGGGCGUGCGGAGCUUUGCUGGAUGGAGGCUCAGAGGGUCGUGGACGCCGGCGUCGCACCGUGGGUGGAAUUGCCAUUGUGGUUGCCGCCGGCUGACUUGUCCGUGUACUCGUGCGACGUGCGCAAGGCCCUCGGGGCCGGGCUGACGGUGCGGCCGGCAAGGGAGACGAUUGUCGAUACGUGGAAAUGGGUGGCGUCGCUGAAGAAGCUGCCGAGCACCGCAAAAGUCGGGCUGUGUCCGACAAAGGAGAAGCAGGUGUUGGACGGGUGUUGCUAG